AUGGAUGAAGCUCUGAGAUUUCUUAGUGAGAUGGAAAGUGCUGGUUUAAUACCAGAUCAUGUGAUGUAUUCUAUCUUCAAUCAUGGUCUUUGCAAGAUGGGAGAAGAACAAAAGGUCGUCCAGCUUUAUAAGGAGACGUGUCUGAAGAAAAUCACCACAGAUUAUGUUCUACAUCGAUCUAUUCUAUUAGGACUAUGCGAGAAAGGGGCAGUAUCAGAGGCAAGAAGUUAUUUUGAUAAAGUGGCAAAUAGUGACUUGUGUUUCUGUAAAGGUCGAUAUCUGGAAAGAGCAUUUGAGUUACAUAACAACAUGUUACUACAUAAUCUUUGGCCUAAUCAUAUAACUUAUAACAUUCUCGUGGUUAUGAAAGGGCUAUGCAGGCAAGGGAAGCUAAAAGAAUCUAUUCAGGUUCUCAGGAAAAUGAUAGCUAUGGAAGGGUGCCCACUUGGAAAAUCACGCUUACGAUGGCUUAAGAUACAUUUAGCAAAUUUAUAUGGUGGUGGUGUGGACAUAUUAUCUUAUGAAGGGAAAAUAGCAUUUGCUGAAAACCAUCGGGAAGAUAUCUUUGAUUCUACAGAUAGGCCUCUUGAGGGGAAGCGCUGGUGA